AUGAAGUUCAAUCUCGCCAUUGCAGGAGCUGUGCUCCCCUCCAUCGCCAUGGGUUUCCCCCAGAUGAUGGGUGCCAACAAGGAGGACAUGAUCAAGAUGCUUCAGGAGAGAUCUGCCAAGGAGCAGAUGGCCAAGAGAGAGCCCGAUCUCGUCUCUGGCCUGACUGGCGUUCUCAGCAGCGUAGUCAAUGAUGUUAGAGGUCUCNUUGGGUACGUGCAGUUACUUACAUAUCAGAUGAGCCAAGCUAACAUUUCCGAAGGAUCUAUCGCCGAGGGUCCCUUGAACCCCGACGACAAGCGUCCCGAGCCUGGCUACGAGUUCCAGGCACCUGGCCCUAACGACAGCCGUGGUCCUUGCCCUGGUCUCAACCUUCUCGCCAACUAUGGCUACUUGCCUCGUGAUGGCCAUGUGAACUACGGCCAAGUCUUGGAAGCCACUGCACGUGGUUUCAACAUGGGCGCCGACCUUGCUACGGUCCUGGCCGUCUUCGCCAUCCUGACCGAUGGUGACAUUGCUACUGAGUCCUGGUACCUCGGUGCUGGCCCUGGCAACGUUGGCGGACUGAACCGUCAUUCAACCGUCGAGGCCGACAUCUCUCCCCACCGUGAGGACUACUACACUGGCUGUGGUAACAACCACGCAGUCUCGUCUCGCCUUGUCAAGCAAGGUGUUGCCAUUGCUGCAGCUGGCAGCGGCAAGUACGACAUGGCAACCAUGGCUCAGCAGUAUGCCAAGACCGCCGACUUCAGCAAGCAGUACAACCCCUACCUCUACGCCUUCCCCUUCCCUCAGAUCGUCUCUCUGGGUGCCUUCGCUUUCUACCCCAACUUCUUCAGCAACGGCACCUAUGGUCUCGGUGGUGUUCCCAACUACGAGUCCGUCUCUAGCAUCGUUGGAUGGGAGCUUCAGGACUCUGGCGAGUUCGCGUACGUUCCUGAGAAGUGGCCUGAGAACUGGUACCGCCGUAGCACCCCUUACGGUGCCGUCCAGGCUCUCACCGAUGCCUAUACCCAGAUCUACCCCUCGAACAUCGUUGUCCCCGGAGCCUCUACCCUCCUUACACCAAACUUCAACGUCACCACCCUCCUUUGUGACAUCUACCAGGGCAUCAACUCCAUCACCCCCUUGGGUCUCUCCGGAGAUGAGCAGGAUGCUGCUGAGGCUGCCAGCUGGGCCGUCGGUAAGCUCGCUCCCGCACUCGGUGUUGGCGCUCUUGGCUGCGCUUUGGACGCUCUUUCGCCCGAUGCACCCGCCCUCCUCUUCCCCAGCGCCAGCAAGACUGGUGGACCUAUCAACUCUCCCUCGGCCCAGGCUUCCAACGCUGGCAACAACGUUUACAACAAGGUGUACUUCCCUACUGCACCUACCACUCCUGCCUGCAGCGCCGCCGCCGGUGUUUCUAUUUAA